AUCGGCAAAGAAAUAUCAGGCUAUCGCCAUUUCUCCCCGGUGCUUCCAGGAUCUUUCAGCGCCUAGUCUUCGUGAUAUCUUAAGCAGAAGUCUCACUUUUACAUAUCAAAAUGGCAAAAAAGGUUCUCGCCAAGGACCAAUUCGUCAAACUCAUCGUCGGCGCCGGUCAAGCGAGUCCGAGUCCCCCUGUCGGUCCUGCAUUGGGAAGUAAAGGUGUAAAAAGUAUGGAUUUUUGCAAGGAGUUCAACGCCAGAACUGCAAACAUUGAACCCGGUACCCCCAUCCCAGCCUACAUCACCAUCCGCCCUGAUCGCUCAUUUGCCUUCGAACUGCGAACGCCUACUACAUCAUGGCUUUUACUGCAAGCAUCCGGAGUAGCACCGCGCAAGGGCCGACUCCGUGGAGCUCAAAAUCCAGGUACUGAAGUGAUCGGAUCAGUGACUCUCAAACACGUUUAUGAGAUUGCCAAAAUUAAGCAAUCUGAGUUGAGGCUAUCGGGAUUGAGUCUGGAAGGCUUGUGCAAGAGUGUUAUUGCUCAGGCCAAGUCAAUUGGCCUGAAGGUUGUGAAUUAGGUCUUGUCGUUAUGAUAUAGCCAUUCCUUCCGUUACAUUUAUUGUUUGCAUAUGCGCUGGCGUUCAGGGAUGUCUCACAUUUAUACGAAAUCUGUAUUAUAGUCUGGAGACUUUGAGGUAUGCUUUGGUAUAUAUCUAGAGUUGGCAAAAUGUUGUUUCCGAGCUGUCAUACCAUGUAUACUAUUUGACUUCUCAUGUUUUUAUUCGCCCAAAAGAAGCACUGAACUAUCUGCAGUCACCAACCCUCUCCAAUCCAGGUGGCCUUCUAUUAC